AUGGCUUCGACGUCGACGAGCCCUACGACGCCCACGGGACCAGCGAGUAAGGCCAGCGACAGCUCGCUCGGCUCCAAAGCAUCCAAACGCAGCGAUGCAGCGAGCACCCAUGCCCCUUCGACCGCACCGUCGGAGGUCUAUACGCCCAAGGGGGUGCUCAGGAGUGUAGGCAUCGUGGCGGCCUGCACCCUCUCUAUGGUCAUGAAUAUUGCUAUUGGCAAUCCAGCCAUCACGCUCACCUCGGUCGGCGAGGACUUUGACGAGACGGAGGCGAGCACACAAUGGGUCAUUAAUGCCUAUGCCAUCAGCGCGGCAUGUUUCUUGCUCUUGUCCGGUCGACUGGCCGAUCUGUAUGGGCGGAAGCGAGUCUGGCUGAUUGGGUUUGCCAUCAUUGCUAUCUUUGAUAUUGGAUGUGGCUUUGCGAACGAUGCCAUGACAUUGUACAUCUUGCGAGGGUUCCAAGGUCUGGGAGGCGCAGCUGUUGUACCCGCGUCUCUCGGCAUCCUCGCACACUCUUUCCCUCCUUCCCGGGCACGUUCUCUAGCCUUUGCUACGUUUUCUGCCGGCGCACCUAUGGGAGGUGCUAUCGGUUUCAUGUUGGGCGCUGUAGUCACACAGCUGUCAGGUCCCACUUGGCGUACAUUGUACUUUGUCACCGCUGGCGCCUCUGCGCUGGGUAUCAUUCUGGGCUUCCUCUGUAUCGAUGCGGAUACUCCGAGCCAUGAGGAAGAUCGUAGGGUGGACUGGAUAGGGGCUCUUUUGGUUACAUCGGGUCUCGUUCUCAUUGUCUUCGUGCUCAGUGACUCCCCUUCAGCCCCUGAGGGAUGGAAGACGGACUACAUAAUCGGACUAUUCGUCGUCGGUGGAGCGCUUGUCAUCGCGUUCGGCUUUUGGCAAUGGUUCCUCGAAAAGCGGCUGGACGAUCCUAAUGCCCCGCGUUCUUUCUGGGCUGCACCGCCGCUCAUGCGCAUCACCAUGUGGGAACGUGCCAAGGGUCGCUUCUUCCUCAUGCAGGUCAUCGCCUGCAUGAACUGGGCCUCAUUCACCUGCUGGCUUGUCUGGGUACAGCUCUAUUACCAGGACUACCUCGAGUUGACGCCCAUCCUCACCAUGGUCCGGAUCCUUCCCAUCACCUUCGUGGGCAUCGCCGCGAACGUAAUCAUUGCGCUCGUCAUUGGCCGUGUCGACGUCCAAUGGAUCGUCACUACGGGCACGUUGCUCACGGGAGUCGCCGUCCUGCUGUUUGCCGUGAUCGACCCGGCGCUGCCGUACUGGGCAUACGGCUUCCCUUCGGCGCUCAUCAUUGUGCUGGGCGCUGACUUCGUGUUCGCGUCGGGGACGCUGUUCGUCGCGAAGAUCACACCGCCACAAGAGCAAUCUGUUGCCGGCGCUGUAUUCCAGUCUAUGACACAAAUCGGCACGGCUAUCGGAUUGAGUGUUUCGACAAUCGUGUACAACGCGGUUCUCGAGAAUGGCACGAAGAACGCCGGUUUGACGCUUGACGCGAACGCGGACAAUGCACCGAAGGAUGUUCAGCUACGCGCGUAUCAUGACGCGAUGUGGGUCGGAUUUGGGUUCUCUAUGUUCUGCACCGCCCUGUCGAUCUUCUUGCGUGGUGUCGGUAUUGUCGGUCACCCUCCAGAGAAGAAGCGCGACGACUCUAUCGAAGCUCAACAGGAGGCCACCCUACACGAAAAGGAGCCCGAAACUAAGUCUCCUGUCGAGAAAAAGCCCAGUGCUACCUUCGACCCUGAGGAGAGGACGCCAGUGGAUGGACCUGCCCCGUAUGUGCAUGACUAUGCGCAAUCUCGGGAACAUAUUGCAUGA